AUGCGUGAUCAUCUGAUCAAAGAAAAACAAAGAUAUUCACUCUCUUUUUAUUUAUUACUUAUUCAACAGAUAAAAGGAUGUGAUGAUGAAAGGUGUAAUCAAUCAAAGAAAGAACAACAUGAUAGAGUCAUUAAAAGUGUAUUAUGUAAUUUGGUAUUAUUUAGAAGGAUUAUAUCUGUAUCUUCUAUCCCAACAACAAUAAAAACAUACAAGAUCGAUCAAUUACCAAACAAGAUUGGUUGGUAUCUCAGAGGUGGUCAUAUCAAUCUAUUAAAAGAAAGAAUUGAAAGAGAAGAACUAGAAUUGUUACAAUUCAAUAAUAAUAAUAAUAUUAAUAAUUAUAAUAAUAAUACUUUAUCCUCUUCAUCUUCUACUUUAUCUUCUUAUUUAAAUUCAUUUACGAUUAAAAAAGAUUAUUUAUUUGAACAUCAUUUAAGAUGGAAUUAUGAUGUAACUAUAGAUAUAUGUUCAUUUGGUGGUGAAGAUGAAAGACACUUGGAAUUAUUUAAAUAUUUGUUUGAAAAGAAACUUGAAUGGUUUAAUCAUCCAGAUUGUUUCAAGAUGGCAGCAAGUAAAGGCAACAUAGAGAUAUUUAAAAUAUUGGUUGAUAAUACAGUCCCAAUUAAAAUACAAUAUGACAUGAAUGAAUGUAUUCGAGUUGCAAUUCAAGGAAUGCAUCCAGACAUGGCAAGGUAUUUAUUGGAAAUGAAUCAUUUCAAAUUCAAUCGGAGGACUCAACCAUUCAGUUUAAAAGGUGGUCUAUUUAAACACAGUCAAUCAGAUUUAAUCAAACUUGCAAGAUUAUUCGUAGAUAUAGUCGACAAAAACAAAGAAUCUAUCGAAAUGUACGAGGUAUUUAAAUUGUAUUUCUACAAUCUACUCUUACCAACAAGAGAUAUAGAUACGGUUAAAUAUGGAAGUCACCAAUAUACAUUCGAUUCUUUUAUUUUUGAAGGGUUGUAUCCAGAUUACCUUCGUACUGGGUUACCCCAAGACAUCGACCCCGACCACCACAUUGACUUUAUCAAACAAGUGGUGAAACUUUUCAUCGAGCCAGAGGAAUAUGAACGAUUGGUUGGUACGACAAACAAGCUUAUUGAAAUGUUUGUCAUUGACGAGGAAUUGGAUUGUGUGGAAGACAAGGAGUAUAAUCCCAACAACCACACCAACAAGGAGGAGGAGGAGGAAGAGGUAGAGGAAGAGGAAGAGGAAAAUGACAACAUCAACUACUAUUAUUUCGAUAGUCUUGCUCAACUAUCAACCAAACAAUCUCGUUGGACAAUGUUUAUGAUUGGUAUGUGUUUAAAAGGAGAAUUGCAUCAAGAAGCACCUGUUCAACUUUGGUCAGAAAUACCUCUGAUUCUCAAAGUACGUGUAAAAGAGGACCGACAAACAGAGUUUAUGGAAUUUUUAUGUAAAUUGUUUGGGUGGGAAUUCAUAAUGAACAAUGGUCGAUUGGAGUAUGUAAAACUGGCACAUUCAUUGGGGUUGAUCAAACCAGAUAAAGUAUUUUAUCCAAAUCAAAGAGACAGCAAUCAAACAUUGGCCAUCAUGCAGUAUCUACACGAUAAUGGAAUCAACCCAUUUGCAAUAGAAACUGUGAAUCAAUGUGGCAAGAAUGAUGACAAGGUGAUCAUGUUCCUACAUCAACAUUAUCCUCAACUGCUACGACAAGAUGAUGUUCUCAAAUAUAUCAAGAAAUAUGGUCAUUAUUAUCUUACAAGUAUACUUGUUGUGCCUACUGCUGCUGAUGUACCGCAACCGCGACUACUACGUAGACGACAACAACGAGAUAUCAUCAAGGAUAGCAGGGGUAUCGAUGCAACCUCACUCGAUGCAAUGAUCAAGCUUUGCGGAUCCUCUUUGUAUUACUAUUACGAUGAUCGUGUUGGCCAAGAGGGGUUUCAACUCUUGCAACAGUAUUACAACGACGAUAGUACUGCAACUACAACUAUUGAAGCAACAUAUCAAGAACAAUUAGAGAUUUCAACAGAAAACAAUCAAAUUGAUAUUGUCGAAUGGUUACUAUUCAAACAACAAACAAAAAAGGUUUUAAAACCAACCUUUCAAACUCUAGUAUCUAUUCUCACCAAAUCAUACGAUCGACAAUACAAACAACUAUACAAAUUAAUUAAAAUGUAUUAUAGAGAGAAUAUCAAAAAAGGACAAUUAUUACAAUUCAACUCUACAACUUGGAAUGCAAUUGGAUCAAGAGGUGACAUUAAAAUGUUUGAUCGAUUCAUGACCAAACAUAAACAAUUGGAUUAUGGAUAUGGAUCAGUCAUUAAUGAAGCCAUCAUUCAUAAUCAACUAGCAUUUAUUCAACACCUCUACACUCAAUACCCACAAUUGAUGAAAAUCAAUGUCAAUUGUAUCAACAAUGCUAUUACCAACGAUCGUCCAAAGAUAUUGAAAUACUUUUUAGAUUUGGCUCACCAAGAAAAGAGUUUACCCAAAUUUGGGUUCUACCCUCGUGACCAAAAUUCAGAAAAAUGUAUUUUAGCAGCACUUGACAAUUGUGUAUCACAUGCCAACUUGUCUUGUUUCAAAAUGAUAUAUGAUCAAGAUUAUUUUGACUUUUCCAUUCUCUCAACAAUCACUCAAAAUGCAUUACACGGCACAUAUCAAAAUCUACCAAUUGCCAAUUAUCUUGUCCAUCAUGGUGAUAUUGAUAAUACCAACGCCGAUCAACUCUCUUUGAAUAUUCCAUUUUUAAAAGAAUUAUUGGAAAAGAACACAGCGAGUUCUAUUAAUAUUCAAAUUAUAUUGAUUGUAGACAGUAGGAGUAGUAGUAGUACAACUAAAUGUCAAGGAUUGUUAAAAACAAUGCUAGAAUCAUCCCAUUCAAAAGUAAAUAUUAUAUCAGUAUUGAGAAAGAAUGAUGGUGUAGAGAAAUAUUACAAGAUUAAUCAAUUACCAAACAAGAUUGGCUGGUAUCUUUGUUACGGUCAUAUCAAUCUAUUAAAAGAAAGAAUUGAAAGAGAAGAAAAAGAAUUACAUCAAUUUAAAAAUAUUAAUAAUAAUAAUAAUAAUAAUACUACUUUAUCCUCUUCAUCUUCUACUUUAUCUUCUCAAUUAAAUUCAUUUACGAUUAAAAAAGAUUAUUUAUUUGAACUUCAUUUAAAAUGGAAUUAUGAAGUAACUGAAGAAAUAUGUUCAUAUGAUGGUCAAGAUGAACAACACUUGGUGUUAUUUAAAUAUUUGUUUGAAAAGAAACCUGAAUGGUUUAAUCAUUCUGGAUGUUUCAAGAUGGCAGCAAGUAAAGGUAAUAUAGAUAUGUUUAAAAUAUUGGUUGAUAAUUCUGUCCCAAUUAAAAUACAAUAUGACAUGAAUGAAUGUAUUCAAGUUGCAAUUGAAGGACUGCAUCCAGACAUGGCAAGGUAUUUAUUGGAAAUGAAUCAUUUCAAAUUCAAAGUAACCACAACAUUCAAUAAAAAGUAUGGUCUAUUUAAACACAGUCAAUCAGAUUUAAUCAAACUUGCAAGAUUAUUCGUAGAUAUAGCCAACAAUAACAAAGAAUCUAUCGAAAUGCACGAGUUUUUUAAAGAGUAUUUCUACAAUCUACUCUUGCCAACAAGAGAUAUAGAGUCGGUUAAUUAUGGACAUGACCACUAUCAUUUCGAUGCUUUUGUUUUUAAAGGAUUGUAUCCAGAUUUCCUUCUUACUGGUUUACCUCAAGGCAUUGACCCAGAUCACCAUCUAGAAUUUAUCAAACAAGUAUUAAAACUAAACACCGAUCCAGAUAAAUAUGAGCGAUUGGUUGGUAUGACAAACAAUCUAAUUGAAAUGUUUGUCAUUGACGAGGAAUUGGAUAGUUCUAGUUUGGUUCUGGAGGAGGAGGAGGAAGAGGAAGAGAAAGAGGAGGAAGAGGAGGAAAAUGACAACAUCAACUAUUAUUUCAAUAGUCUUACGCAACUAUCAACCAAACAAUCACGUUGGACAAUGUUUAUGUUUGGUAUGUGUUUAAAAGGAGAACUACCUCAAGAAGCACCUGCUCAAUUUUGGUCAGAAAUACCUCUUAUUCUCAAAGUACGUGUAAAAGAGGACCGACAAACAGAAUUUAUGAAAUUGUUACGUAAAUUGUUUGGAUGGGGAUUUAUCAUGAACAAUGGUCGAUUGGAGCAUGUAAAGUUGGCACACUCUCUGGGUUUGGUCAGUCCCAAAAGUACAUUUAAACCAAAACAUAAAGAUAUUAAUCAAACAUUGGGAAUCAUGCAAUAUCUACACAAUAAUGGAAUCAGCCCAUUUACCGUAGAAACUGUAAAACAUUGUGGCAAGAGUGAUGACAAGGUGAUCAUGUUCCUACAUCAACAUUAUCCUCAACUUGUCCAACAAGAUGACGUUCUCAACUAUAUCAAGAAAUAUGGUCAUUAUUAUCUUACAAGUAUACUCGUCGUUCCUGAUGUGGUGCCACCACUUGGAAAACGAGGUCGUCGGCAAAAACGCUUUGACAUCAAGGAUAGCAGGGGUAUCAAUGCAACCUCGCUCGAUGCAAUGAUGAAGCUUUGUGGAUACUGCUUGUUUUAUAAUUACGAUGAUCGUGUUGGUCAAGAGGGGUUUCAACUCUUGCAACAGUAUUAUAAUAAUAGUACGAGACCUUCACCUCUUAGAGGAACAAUUCAAGAACAGUUGGUGAUUUCAACAAACAACAAUCAAAUUGAAAUUGUUGAAUUUUUACUAUUCAUACAAACAAAAUGCAAACCAAACAUUGACACUCUAAUCUCCAUCCUCACCACAUCAUAUGAUAGACAAUACAAACAACUUUACAAAUUGAUUAAACGUUAUUAUCGAGAGAAUAUCAAAGGACAAUUAUUACAAUUCAACCAGUCAACUUGGAAUGCAAUUGGAUCAAGAGGUGACAUUAAAAUGUUUGAUCGAUUCAUGGCCAAACAUAAACCUUUGGAGGAUUAUGGAUAUGGAUCAGUCAUUAAUGAAGCCAUUAUUCAUAAUCAACUAGCAUUUAUUCAACACCUCUACACUCAAUACCCACAAUUUAAAAUCGAUGGCUAUUAUUUGGCUCAACAAGAAAAGAGUCUAACCAAAUUUCAGUUCGACCCACAAUAUUUGAAUCAAGACACUGAACAAAUUCAAUACGUAUUACAAUAUCAAAAUCUACCAAUUGCCAAUUAUCUUGUCUAUCAUGGCUAUAUUGUUGAUGAUAAAAACACUGAACUUCUCUCUAAAAAUAUUCCAUUUUUAGAGGAAUUUUUUCAAAGUUCUCAAAAAUCACUAUAA